AUUAUAGGCAUUAUCUGAAAUUCCUGUGAGCCUGAGACCGCUUAAACCCUAAACCCUCUGUAAUCAACACCCAAUUUUUCAUAGACAAGAAUAGUUCAGUGUCACACCCAGAAACAGGUCUUAUGCAAUCAUCCUCAACAAUUUCUUUAAAUUCUCAAUCUCUUCAAUUCUCAUGGAAACCUUCACUUCCCAGAAAUUUCUCUCUCCAAACCUUCAAUUCCAACCCAACCAGCCAAUUCAAAACUUUUUCUCUUUUCACCUCCUUCAAAACUUUACCAAACUCAGAUUCUCAACAACCCAUUAUCAAAAAGAAUCAAUCUUUGUCAAAAACAGACCUCCCUGUUGUAAUUAGGAGAAAUGGGAAGGAUUUUAAGUAUUUUUGGGAUGGAAAUUCACUUGAAUUAGUUUGUGUUGAUGAUGAAAUCCCAACUACACUUUUUGAAAGUUUUGAAGAAGGAAUUAAAAAGUUUUUAACUGUGGUUAGAGAUUUUUUCAUACCAAAGCAAGUUACUGAAAAUUACAUUGAAUAUGUCAAGUGGAAGUUUUUGCAUCGAGUUUUUAGUUCUUCCCUUCAAGUUCUUGCAACCCAGGCGAUGUUUCGAGCCAUUGGAGUUGGGUAUGCUCAGUCCCUUCCAUCUGCUGCGGCCAUGAAUUGGGUAUUGAAGGAUGGUCUAGGUAGACUUAGUAGGUGUAUCUAUACAUCAUGUGUAGGUUCGGCUUUCGAUACGAAUUUAAAGAGAGUGAGGUUCGCAACUUCAGUUAUGUUCAGCUUGAGCAUUGGAGUUGAGUUGAUGACCCCUGCUUUUCCGCAUUGCUUCCUGCUCCUUGCUUCUGUGGCCAACAUUGCUAAACAGAUAAGCUUGGCAUGCUACCUGGCAACUGGUACUGCCGUUCAUCGGAGUUUUGCACUGGCUGAUAACUUGGGUGAGGUUUCUGCAAAAGCCCAGAUUCAAACUGUGUGCUUUGACAACUUGGGCCUACUGUUAGCUGCAUCAAUAAAUGUGGUGCUCAAGAAUAAUGAAAGAUUGCAAGCAGGUUUGCCAUUUGUUGUAUACCCCAUAUUCUCAGCAAUCGACCUGUGUGGAAUUUACCAAUCACUGAAGCAUGUGCAUCUGCAGACUUUUACCAAGGAUAGGCUUGAGCUGGUUCUUGACAAAUGGAUACAAUCUGGAUAUGUCCCAUCACCAGCUGAAGUAAGUAAGCUGGAAGGAAUUGAUCUUCUGAAUUUUGUUGAUGAGGUUGAAACAGGAAGAAAGAAAGGAGAAUGGCCAAUUAGAAUUGGAGGCUUGGAUCCCAAGAGACAGAUACCACUCCUGACAAUGUUGACAAUGAGAUCUCUGAGCAGGGAGGAUUUUUAUUUCAUCUGCUUAGAAACUACUUGUGGCCUACCAUCUGAAAAGCAAGGAAUUCUGCUUUCUUUAAGAGAAGGUGCAAGAACGGAAGAUAUCAUUGUGGGUUUGCUGCAGGCAUGCUACAUUCGUCAUGCUCUUCUUCCAAGCAGCAGCAAGUGGGAAAACAUCGUAGAAGAUUGCGAUAUCUCACAUUCAAAAGCCAUGAAGUGGUUCCAGUUGACUCAAGAUAGCAAGAGUCUUGCGCAGUUAGACCUAAGCACAUUACAUGAGCAGAUGUUAAGCUCAAGUUGGAUUGCCAAGAAUAUUUUGUUAGGGACUCAAGAACAAACACGCUACGAUUUUGUUGACAAAAAUGAUGUUUAGUACUUUCUUCCUCAAUCAAAAUGUAUAUGUCAUGGGUUGAUUUCGUUAUGAAAUUUUGAUAAUUAUAUUCAUGUAAAUUUGUAAAAGUAGGUUAGCAAAAGUUAUUUAACUGAAUUUGAAUAUUAUGUUCAGGAAUUAAAGAUAUAAUUUUACGGGGUUAACUGCCAAAAGUUCAUAUUUUCA